AUGAAAACUCCUUACAAGGUAGCACUCCUGCCUGAGGCAAAACCUUACGCCGUAACCUAUCCGAGAAGAGUGCCCAUUCCACUCCUGCCCAACGUUGAAAAUGAACUCAAACGCAUGCAAGAACUGGGUGUGAUGGUCAGGGUCGACAGGGCUACUGGGUCGUGUGCCCCUAUGAUAGUAGCAAAAAAACGAGACGGGGAAUUGCGAAUAUGCAUAGAUUACACUGAGCUUAACAGACAAAUAGUGCGGGAACGUGUGCUGAUGCCAACGGUUGAACAAAUCCUGGCCAGACUGGCGGAGGCACAAAUCUUCAGCAAACUGGAUGCAAGAGCACGCUACUGGCAGACUCCUUUGGCCAGAGAGUCUCAGGAGUACACAACUUUUCUGACUCCCUUUGGAACAAAGGACGAGCACGACCAAAACCUACAGCAAGUGCUUAGUCGCCUGCAGAAUGCCGGCAUCACUCUAAACGCCAAGAAAUGUGCGUUUAGCAAGAAUGAGGUUAAAUUCCUUGGACAUAUAGUCUCACAUCAAGGCAUAAAGGUGGAUCCUGAAAAACUCAAAGCCAUAUUACAGCUGCGACCACCACAAAACGUUUCAGAAGUGCGGUCCUUCUUGGGUAUGGUGAACCAUUUGACCAAGUUUCUUCCGGGACUUGCUGAGCAAAGUAAACCUCUUAGGGAUCUUCUCCGUCAAAACGCCAUGUGGCAGUGGAGUGAUGCACAACAACGUGCCUUUGACCACAUCAAAGAAUCCCUCACUAAAACGCCAGUGCUUGUGCACUACAACCCACGAGACGCAGGGGCCAGCGACGACCUGUCGCUUAUGAAACUAAACAGUACUACUGAAAACGGUACUACUGAAACUGGACGGUAUGCCCAAAUAGAAAAGGAGGCUUUGGCCAUCACCUGGGCAAGCUCCCAUUUCAGAACUUAUCUCCUGGGCCUACGGUAUCACAUAGAAACAGAUCACAAGCCUUUGGUGCCUCUUCUCACCUCAAAGAGGAUUGACCGAUUAAGUCCACGUUUGCAACGGUUCCGCAUGCGUCUGUCGGAAUUUGACUUUUCGGUGUCACAUGUUCCAGGCAAGGAUAUCCACAUGGCCAAUGUACUCUCUCGGAAUCCUUUAUCAAACAUAGACACUGAAGCUAGACGUGAUCUCGAAGAAGCAGUGAGUCAAUACGAUGUCCUGACGAUGGAAAUUUUACCAGCAUCAGCCGACAUGCUUACACGCAUCAAGACAGAAACCGCGAAAAAUCCCACAUUAUCUCGAGUUGUUGAAUACUGCUCCGAGGGCUGGCCCGACCCAAACAAUCUGCCUUGGGAGGAACGAAGAUAUGCAGAAUGCUCAGCUGAACCUUGCGUCGUGAAAGGGCUCCUGUUCAAGGGCGACCGAAUGGCCGUACCACUUGUCCUCCGCAAGGAAGUGUUAUUCAACAUUUAUGCUGGACACCAGGGAGUUUCAAGAUGCAGAGCACGAGCAACGGCAGCAAUAUGGUGGCCAAGUAUAGGCACUCACAAAGAAGACUUCGUACGCAGGUGUUCCAUCUGCCAGGAACACAGGAAACCAGGGCGAGCACCACUCUUCCAGACGCCACUUCCUGAGCGACCGUGGGAGGAAAUAGGCAUGGACCUUUUAAAACUACAAGGCGAAAACUACUUAGUAAUAGUGGACUAUUACUCACGUUUCUUCGAGCUCGUCAAGUUGAAAACGACAACAACUACAGAUGUCAUCAGGGGUCUCAAGCCAAUAUUUGCACGCUUUGGGGUUCCCGAUGUUGUACGAUCGGAUAACGGACCUCAAUUAGCGUCAGCAGAAUUUCGGGCGUUCUUGAAGGAGUGGAACGUCUUACACAGGACAUCGAGCCCUUACCAUGCUCAAAGCAACGGAGCGGCGGAGCGUACUGUGCAACUGGCCAAGCAGUUCCUAACAAAGACACCUGAAGUUGAACAAGCUCUGAUGGCACAUCGAGCCACACCGGGACCAGAGGGCUACACUCCCACUGAACUACUGAUGGGAAGAAAAAUAAAGACUAAUGUUCCAGCUCCUGCUAAAUCCCUAGAACCACACUGGCACUAUGAAGACUUCAGAGCUCGUAACUGUCAAUACAGAGAGGGCCAUGCAAAACAUUACAACAGACGCUACAGAGCGCAAGAGAGUGAACCUCUGCAGCCGGAUAGCAGUGUAAAGAUAUUGGUGCGAACUGCCACACACGGAAAAAUUGUAAAAGCAGCAGAAGAACCAAGGUCCUACGUUGUGGAGACGACGUCAGGAUUACAGAGGCGCACGCAGAGCCAUCUCCAGCCCUUGGAACAAAAAGUGAACCGGUCUGUGUGGACAUGCGUCCAGGAACCAAGAUCAGGAAAUGGGACACCUAAGUGA